GCUCAACUGGUGGCAUUGUUUACAUUUCUCAUAACAAAUACGCUUCUUAUUUGCCAUUUAAUAAACGCUUUCGGCGUGUAUAGAAGAACUUCAAAAGUGUGCUUAAAAACACUGAAUCCAAAGGUCACUUAAAAGACUUGGACUUUUGAAACAAAAUAGGAUGUUGCGAUCAAAAGUUUUAAGUCUGCUGCCCCGUGCCUUGAGUAUUAGCAGUAGCAGCAGACAAAUGUCUACGGCUACCAAGCUGACCAUUGUGGAGGUUAAUGAUAAGACAGGCAUUGCAACACUAUCAUUAAACCGGCCGCCAAUAAAUGGACUCAAUCUGCAAUUGCUGCAAGAUCUGCAGCAAUCCAUUAAGGAAAUUGAGAGUAACAAGAGCACGGGACUUAUACUAACAUCGGCGAAUUCAAAAGUGUUCUCGGCAGGAAUUGAUAUACAUGAAAUGUACAAGCCCGACAAGGAGCGAGUGCGUCUGCUCUGGACAACACUGCAGGACAUUUGGGUCGCCCUCUACGGCAGUAAGGUUCCCACUGCGGCUGCCAUUAAUGGUCAUGCGCCGGCUGGAGGAUGCCUGCUGGCUACAUCGCUCGAGUAUCGCGUCAUGCUGCCCAAUUUUAGGAUUGGUUUGAAUGAAACCCAGCUAGGCAUGACUGUGCCUAUCUUUUGCAUAUUUAACUACUUGAAUGUCCUGCCUCGUCGUCUUGCGGAGCGUGCGCUCAAUCAGGGACACAUGUUCACCACAGAGGAAGCUGUGCAGUUGGGCAUGGUGGAUGAUGUGGCCCAGAGCAAGGAAGAGGCGCUGGAGAAGUGUGCUCAGUUCAUUGGCUCAUUUGCCAAAGUCAAUCCUGUGGCGCGUUCGCUAACUAAACUGCAGUUCAGAGCUGCCGAUUUGCAGCGAUUUGAAAAGGAGCGCCAAAAGGAUUUGGACAUUUUUAUGACGUUCAUAAAUGAUCCACAGAUGCAGGAACAACUUGGCGUUUACCUGCAGAAUCUGAGCAAAAAAGCAGCCAACUAAAAGGUUAUCCCGUCUUUUUUUCUUGUGAAGAUAUUAUUUCCAGCAGUGCAUUUAUUAAUUGAGUUCAAUUAUUAUAAAUAAACUUCAAUUACGCUUCCGAA